UACUGCUUGAAGAUUUUGAUUACUUCAGUCCCAAGCUAAAAUGGCUUCUUCUUCUAAGGCAGUGGCAACUAUGGCUUUUUUCCUAUCCCUCAACCUAGUAUUUUUCACAACAAUCAGUGCAACUCAUCAUGUCCCUUGCCCGCCACCACCGAAAACCCCAACCCCAACGGCGGCGACUUGUCCCAAGGACACCCUUAAGCUAGGAGUGUGUGCCAAUUUGUUGAAUGACUUGGUGCACCUUGUCGUUGGCACUCCACCAAAGACCCCAUGCUGCAGCCUCAUUGAGGGUCUUGUUGAUCUUGAAGCUGCUGUGUGCCUCUGCACUGCUAUUAAGGCCAAUAUUAUCGGGAUCAAUCUGAACGUGCCAGUUUCUUUGAGCUUGCUUCUUAAUUACUGUGGGAAGGGCGUCCCGUCUGGUUUCCAAUGCGCCUAGAUUGUUUGUGUGGCUCAUUUAAUUUCAUCCUAUUGAUCAUUUCCU